CAAGAGCGAUUUAAUGACCCCCAUUCCCAUAACUGUUCAUGCUGCCUAAAAGUUCAGAAAACAAAGCAAAAAUCAGGAGCACGGUGCCAUGGUGUCUGAUUGGGAAGAGACAAUGGACAGAGCUGUUGGUGUUAUCGGGAUUCCUUUCUGCAGAGGACAGCCACGAGAAGGUACAGAGCUGGCCCCGAGUUACCUCAGAAAAGGGCAGAUAAUCUCAAAGAUCCAGAGUUUGAGCAAAGAAGUGACUGAUUACGGGGACCUGGAGCUGGGAGAUGUCGAGAAAGAUGCUCCUUGGAAGCUAGUUAAAUACCCACUCACCGUGGGUUAUGCUAAUCAGAAGAUUGCCAACGAAGUGGCGAGUAUCACAAAGGACAAGAUGGCGCUGGUGUUAGGAGGAGAUCACUCUAUCGCCAUGGGCUCCAUCAUCGGACAUGCGCGGUCCUCGCCUAACUUGGUGGUUGUGUGGGUGGACGCGCACGCCGACAUCAACACCCAAUCAAGCACUUCCGGCAACAUGCACGGCAUGCCCGUCGCCUUCCUCAUCAAGGACAUGAAGCCACACGUCUCCAAACCUCCGGGCUUCGAAUGGCUCGAGCCAUGUAUUUCAGCGAAAGAUAUUGUCUACAUCGGCCUUAGGUCUGUGGACGAUGAGGAAAGGGGCUUUUUAAACAAGCAUGGCAUUAGGUACUACUCCAUGCAGGAGGUGGACAAGUACGGAAUACAGAGCGUGGUGGAAAAAGCCCUGAAGGACGUGGACCCCACCGGCAAACGACCAAUCCACGUAAGCUUUGAUGUUGACGCCUUGGAUCCCGAGUUCACACCUUCAACAGGCACGGCAGUUGCUGGAGGUUUGUCGCUAAGGGAAGGCCUGUACAUUGCUGAAGAAAUAUCUCGUACAGGCCGCCUGUCGGUGCUGGACGUGGUGGAGUUGAACCCUGCCCUCGGCACCCAGCAGCAGAGCGAGCUCACUGUGGAGACAACCAUCGAGGUGGUGACGCAUUUCUUCGGCAAGCGUAGGGAGGGGAACACCAGACCACCCCAAGUCCCACCCUCUGCCUAGACCAACGCACCCAUGGCUGCACUCACAUGGGUGGUCAUCAUUUCUCUACAAGGCUUCAGAAAAAAGAGUUGCCAUCAGGGACUUGUGUCCCUCUCCCUCAGAAACAUCCAGUGGACGCUGUUCCAGACGCCUGUGGAAGAACGUUU